GUACAGUGUUUAACUCACACUGACUUGUGCCAUAACUGUUGUCUCUAUGGUUUCCCAUGAAAACUAUUGCCCUGUCAAGUCAGAUAUGCUCAUUUUCCGUUUCGUCUCGUUACUCUGACUAUCGGAGUGAGCGGAAGGCCUUCGUAGGCUGUACACCAUCUUCCUUCUGUGUUGAUUGAGUACUUUUGAUACAUUGACUACGAGAUUUGCUCGGUCUUGUUUUUGUGUGAUUUUUCUGAAUUGUGACCCCGCUUACCGAUCCAUAUCAAUAGUUCAUGUUUCUAUGCUAUGCAAUCGCUGUCGCAUUUGGCAAAUAGAUCACAUCGUCGCCUUAUUGAUGUCAACCGAAUCCACCGUACUUCCAUGUGUCAAUGGUUCCUCUGGUGCUCUGCUUCACUACUGCAUGUGCUGAUCCGCGCUUUUACAUGGGCGCCAUACUUCGGAUGCUAUUUCUGCGGUAUCUACAACGCGAAAUUCACAUAGUUUGCAAAGACUAACUCUGUACGCGUGGUUGUUGCCUCUGUUCUUCGCUUGGACAUUCGAUGCUUAAGUUCGACUUUCACUAAUUAGUUAUCAACUUGUCAAGCUGUUCCGCUUCUCUGUGGCUUACUUACAGAUGCGGGUCACCGUUUCAUCUACUGUUCUCCCCUCUCCUCGCACUGCAGAACAUAUGUGCUCAGUGAUGCAACCAAAUGCAUUUCUUCAACGGAUUAUUUUCGGUUGUCUGCCUCUUUUCACCUGCACUUAAUAAUUCUUACUCCAAUUUGCAGUCUGCCAAUGAAGGAUGUAAAGCUUUAAGCUACGAGGACUUUAACGUCAGCCUACUCUCCAUCGGGUCGGUGUUUGAAGCGAGUUUUCUCCGCUUUUGGCUACAACUCCCGCGUGCUGUCAGUGGCGCGGAAUUACCGGCGGACACCUCUGUCUGGUCUGCUUUGCGUGUUCUAGCGGAUUGCCCGGAAUGUUAUAGGAAUUGGACUUGGGCUAAUGUUCAGUCGGAGCCAGUACGCUACACGGAUUGGUUGAUUCCACCAUCUUCUCCGCGUGGAUGCUACGUGUUCAUCCCCGAUCCGUACAUGCGCCAAUCUUUAUUGAGUGACAAUGGCCUUGGAAGCAUUCAACCAGCUUUGUCAUGCGAAGUCAAUCACUUUGCCGUUUGCCAAGCUCCGGCCAAAAAUGCAGUAUUGCAUGAGGCCGUUCCCCACCAGCUCACUCGGCCGUUUUGUUCUCGCGUCGAUCAGGCAGCAUCUCCCAGUGCACUUGUAUCAAUCAACACAAACUCUCAUACCGGAAAACCUUGUCUACGUUGGGAUCUGGUUCCAGCGAAUCUGACUUAUUUUCCUUUGGAAUCGAACUGGAUGCGACAUCGAGUGCACACUUCUGAAGAGGUUGGUGGCGACGGGAAUCCCUCGUAUGCGGAACACUUCUGUUCCCUUUGGUACAACGCAAGAACGGAACAUUUUGAUUACGGUUGUUACGUGCAGCUGGACCCGCCGCUGUUUGAAGUCUGUGAUCUUUCUUAUUGCGAUCUUCCGAUAGCAUAUCACUCGAGUUUGCUCAGUCCAGCAUUGGUUGCAUCGUUCUUGUUUUCGCUCGCGCUUCUCCUUAUCCUUUUGGCCAUUGCUACUUGGCGUGGAUGUUUCCAACACGCGCGAUCCGGCUAUCGUCGACUCUUCACUCCGGCGUCGUUUCAUCGGAAGCGUUCUAGAGCGUCCUUAAUUCAAUUCAUGCCGCCGGAUACGUUGUCAGGGUUACCGUCCCACGAAAUCAAUGACCCGACUAUGAAUGUGAUGUUUCGCAAAUCCACCACUCAACUACGACACAACGUGAACUCUACCGGUCCGGUCAAUACUCAGACUCACACUAUCCCUCCCACUGAACUGGGCACCGCAGGAUUGACUUCCAUACUGGCUCCUGCCCCUUUGGUGUCUGUUAGAAACGGUAUGAGUGGCUAUGCUAAUCCCAUCUACAACCCAACUCUUUCCAACUCUCCCGAAGAUGACUAUGAUCCAGAAGCCGAGCUGUAACACUAAGCGUCUAGACGUAUCUUUGACCCCCGAAGUGCGCGUGCAUGCACACUUGGGGCUUUAUCCCUGGAUACUGUGAUUCCACAUAUGGAACAAUAUUGCAUCUGUGCGCUCAAUCAGAUUUCUACGUGCGACUACCGUUCCUUUGCACUCUUUUCACACUACCGGGCUUGCCACGUAUUUUUGAUCGCAGUUGAAACUCCUCUAUGUUCACACUCCCUCCCUUAUUUUUCCGAUUCUCGGCUGUGUUUUGUUUAACUUUUGUGGUGGUUCAGGUUUACUUGCGUUAGUCCCUGUUGUGUUCACUGUUGCCCCGGCCGCCGCCAUAGCUUUUCGUACGUUUUUUUUUCUAUAUUUUUGUUUCGCUCAGAGUUGACCAUUUAUCUCAUCUCUGUUCCCAUUCUCUCUGAUCGAGACAUCCGAAUGCCCCAAAGAAAAAUUUCAUUGGUUUUGGUAUCUCGUGAACUUGUUUUGGAUUCUCUCCAUUCG